GAGUCCGGUAAUAACACGCCCUCAAUUGCGCACUCGUACGAACACACGAUCUCGAUUGACUGCACGCGACACCUCCGCCACCUCCGCAUACAGCCGUCAUCAUGGCGGGCCCACGCAACACCGCACCGCUACCUUCCUCUUUCGAUGAGAAUGCCGACUUUUACAAUGAGAAUACUCUCGACAAGAUGUGGCGCCGCCUCCGCGAAGAGCCCCUCAUUCCCCUCGGCUGUGGCCUCACAGUCUGGGCUAUUGUCGGUGCGACACGGUCGAUGCGCAAAGGCGACCACAAGAUGACCAACCUGUACUUCCGCCGCCGUUUAUACGCCCAAGGUUUCACCAUUGCAGUGCUCGUCGCGGGUAACAUGUACUGGCAAAAGGACCGCCUGAAGAGGAAGGACUACGAGAAGCAGGUAGCUGAGAAGGAGAGGAUGGAUAAGAGGGAGCGAUGGCUGAGGGAGCUGGAGGCGCGUGAUGAGGAGGAGAAAGACUGGAAGGACAGGAUGGCAAAGAGGGCGAGAGGAGCGCAGGAGGAGGUCAAGGGUGUCACACAACAGGUCGCGGAUAAAACAAAGGAGCUGAAAGAUCAGGUUGUUGGAAAGUGAACCUCUAUUGUAGGAGACCAAGCAGACUCCGAGGAAGAAAAUGUGCUAGAGAGACUGAGCACGCCUAUGACGCGGACUGAAAUCUAUGCCGGCGUUCUGAGGAUAUCACGCAUGUUUGUUGUACGUAUUUGACACUGUAAGAGUACCAUUGGAUAUUGGGCUUAGGCCACCGUAGGGGGAUUUCACCACUUUCCGUAC